GGUCAUUGUGGCAUAGUAAAAUUUCGUCUUUCAUUUUCCUGAUCUGCACUUUUUCCGCUUUUAUCAGUUUUGAAUGGGUUAUUUAUUUGUUGCUGCACUCAUGCAUUUGCUUUUAUAGUAUCUCAGUCAUGACUUUUGAUAAGUUUCUAUGACUCCCCCUACGUAUGAGUGUUUUAUCAUCAUUUAGUAACAUUCAGUCUUAUCAUCCUCUCAACGCAAGCAAUUUAAUAAUAAAAACAAUAUUUCUAUUUUGACAAAAUAGCACAUUUAACGAAUAUUUAUUUCAAAAAUGUCUGACAUACUAUCGUAUUUGUUCUUAGCGUUUUGGACAAUAAUUAUUGUUUUAUUAAGUCUAGCAUCGUUUAAUGCAACUUUAGGAGUCCGACGAAAAUAUGUUGAUCUGCUUUUGAAAGUGUUUGAGUUUGGAAGGAUUAAGAUUGAAAAAGCUGAUAAGCAACAAAGAUUAAUCCAAGAAAAAAAUGAAGUCUCGGAUAUUUAUCAUUCUGUUAUUAAUAAAGAGGUACACAUGGGACCAUUGCCUGUUCAUCAAGAUGUUAUGAAAUUAAAUGAAAAUUCUCUUGGAGUUCCUGGAAUGCCUCGAAACAGGUCAUUUAAUACAUUACAAAGGGAAUUCAGUCUUUGGGAUGCAGCUGAUUUUAUCAAGUCUGGGGUAGAGGCAAUAAUAGAAGAUGAAGUCACAAAAAGAUUUUCUGCAGAAGAAUUACCGUCCUGGAACCUGCUAACAAGGACAAAUAAAAAUUAUGGUUUUGUAAGUUUUAGACUUUCAAUAUUAUGGGGACUUGGUUUCAUCUUACGUUACUGGCUUCUUCUACCUGCUAGAAUAUUCAUUACAUUUAUUGGCGUCGGAUGGCUGGUAAUAUCUACGAGCAUUAUAGGAUGCAUUCCUGAAAGCAGAUUUAAAAGGUGGAUGUAUUGGAAUGUAAGUCUUGUUUGCUUCAGAAUACUGGCUAGAUCAUUUUCUGCAAUUGUAACAUACCAUAAUAAAGAAAACAGAGCUACUGGUGGAGGAAUAUGUGUAGCAAAUCAUACUUCACCAAUAGAUGUUGUUAUUCUUGCCUGUGAUAACUGUUAUGCUUUGGUAGGACAAAAGCAAGGAGGCUUUUUAGGCAUUCUUCAGAGAGCUCUCGCACGUGCUACAUCCCAUGUUUGGUUUGAUAGAUUUGAAAUGAAAGAUAGAGCACAAGUAACUAAGAGAUUAAGGGAACAUGUUGAAGAUUCUUCAAAACUUCCUAUCUUGAUUUUUCCUGAAGGUACUUGUAUUAACAAUACUUCCGUAAUGAUGUUUAAGAAAGGAAGUUUUGAAGUUGGCGGUAUAAUACACCCUGCAGCAAUAAAGUAUGACCCUAGAUUUGGCGAUCCAUUUUGGAACAGCACCAAGCAAGGGUAUGUUCAUUAUUUGCUGAUGAUGAUGACUUCAUGGGCUAUAGUAUGUGAUGUUUGGUAUCUUCCUCCAAUGCAGCUUCAGAAAGGUGAAAGUUCAAUUGAUUUCGCUAAAAGAGUGAAAGCUGUGAUCUCAAGGCAAGGAGGAUUAGUGGAUCUUGAAUGGGAUGGACAAUUAAAACGUCUUCAAGUUAGGAAGGAAUGGAAAGAAUUUCAGCAGCAAGAAUAUAGUAGGAAAAUAUUACGGCAAUAAAAAAUAUAUUUCUGAUUCAUUGUGAUGUAAAGUUUUUAUUCCUAGGGUGCAAUUUUGUGUACAUUUUGCUUUUAAUUUCAUAGAAGUAUUUUUUGUAAAUGAUUUUAAUAUUUUACAUAAUUGUGAUAAAGUCCUAAUUUUCAUUAGGAGAAUAAAGUAUUUUUUGUGUUCC